AAUAAACUUAAUUACUUAUGAUAAUAUGAGUACUCUAAUAUUUGAUAGUAGAGUGUAUAUAUAUGAUGUGUGAGAUACACUUACUUCAUAAGUAAAUAUUAAUUUGAAGCAGUGACAACAACAAGUGACAAUAAUGGAGCUCAUGUACUUACCACUCGUGAUCAUCGCGCUGCUCUGUUCUUUUUACUAUUACUUCACAAGGAAUUUCAACUACUGGAAAGAGAGAGGCAUCAUUGGACCAGAACCAAUACCUAUUUUCGGAAACAUAAAAAAUUCCGCACUUCGUCGUGAAAAUGGCGGUGAAACCAUUGCUAACAUUUACCAUCAGUAUCCAAACGAGAAAAUAGUUGGAGUGUUCAGAAUGACGACACCAAAUCUUUUACUCAGAGAUCUGGAUACUAUUAAACACGUGAUGAUUAAAGAUUUCGACCAAUUCUCCGAUCGUGGAAUCCAGUUCAGUACAGAAGGUCUUGGCUUGAAUUUAUUCCAUGCUGAUACUAAUACUUGGAGAGUACUCAGAAAUCGUUUCACACCUCUGUUUACUUCUGUAAAAUUAAAAAAUAUGAUGCAUUUGAUGACAGAAAAGGGAGACCAGUUUGUUGAAUACGUGGAAAAAAUUACAAAUAACCAAGCAGAAUACAAAAUCCACAACCUUAUCCAAAAGUACACCGUAUCUACAAUAGUAGCUUGUGCUUUUGGUUUCAAUAUCGAUGAUUAUACAGAUACAAAUCCAAUAAUUAAGACCCUACAUAAAAUAGAUCGUGAAAUAUUCACUACAAAUUAUGGCAAUGAAUUUGAUAUGAUGUUUCCAGGUUUAUUCAAAAAACUAAACAUAUCUCUUUUCCCUAAAUAUGUAUCGGAUUUUUUUAACAAAUUAACAAGAUCUGUUAUUAGCGAGAGGCAAGGAAUGCCUACAGAUAGAAAAGACUUCAUGGAUUUAAUUUUAGAAUUGAGAAAUCAAAAAGAAAUACAGUCCACGAAAAGGAACAAUAGCGAGGAACAAAUGUAUCUAGAGAUAACGGAUGAUGUUAUUGCUGCGCAGUCCUUCGUCUUUUUCGCGGCAGGAUACGAAACAAGCGCUACCACUAUGACUUUUUUGCUGUACCUGUUAGCAAAAAAUCCACAUAUCCAAGAAAAGUUACAUGAAGAAAUAGAUAAAACACUAGAAAAUCAUAAUGGUGAAGUAACAUACGAUACAAUCAAGGAUAUGACUUAUUUAGAUAAGGUAUUCGAUGAGACGCUUCGUCUGUUUCCUUUAGUGGAACCAUUGCAGCGACGUGCACAGUCUAACUACAAAAUUCCAAACACUGAUAUUGUUGUCAAGAAAAAUCAAAUAGUAUUAGUUACACCUCGUGGUAUUCAUCACGAUCCUAAAUAUUAUCCAAACCCUGAAGUCUUUGAUCCUGAGAGAUUUGAUCCUGAAAUUGCGGCUGCAAGGCAUCCUUGUGCAUAUAUACCAUUCGGGGUUGGUCCAAGGAACUGCAUUGGCAUGCGUUUCGCCAAAAUGCAGUCCCGUAUAUGCAUUGUCAAGUUACUCUCAAAAUUCCGAGUGGAACGAUCAAAGAACACCAUGGAAGAAAUGAAGUUUGACCCCAUGAGGAUCGUGAUGACCCCAGCUGAUGGGAUUCUAUUGAAUAUAUUGCGAAGAAAAUAAAUUUUUAAAAGCAGACUAGUUUGCCGUCAUAUUUUAAAUGAUAAAUUUUGCAGGUAAAUAGUACCUACAUACCUACUUCUUAAAUGCCGACGUUUCGACGUGGAUUGCACCACGUCGUGGUCGCAACAGAAGUAGGUACGUAGGUUUAUUUACCUGUAAAAGCUUUUACGAUAAGUUCCAAUUGUGUAUUUAAAAUAUGUGUAAACAACGCGUAAGUUUAAAAUUAACUAGUUUGUCGUAGUCAUAAAAGUGAACAUAAUAUGAGAGCUUAUACUGUAAUUAUUUAACUGUAUGUCGAUUGCACUGUGAUAUUGCAAGCUCAGUUUAGUUAGUGCUGAUAGAGAUUCUUAACUUUUUUGUUUUUAUAAUAAUAAUUUAUUUAUUUGCUCGAAAUGUGGUUCUAUCUGUUCUCCUUUAACUAAAGGUUGUCUGGAAGAGAUCGCCCUAGCGAUAAGACCGCCUUUUGUACCUUUAUGUGUAUAUUUCAAUCUCUAUUUAUGUUACUGUAUUUCACUUGAAUUAUUCACUUGUCAUUGUAUAUUUUUAUUUAUGGUGCAAUAAAGAGUUAAAUAAAAUAAAAAUAAAUAAAAUAAUAAUAAUGGUCUUAAAUAUUAUUGAGCUACACAUUUCGCCUUAUCUAAAGGCAUGCAAAUUUUUAUUUCAGCACACAGUGGCUUACAUAUAUUAACAGCCUAGUAGGAGUCAAUCUAUAAAUAUUGACAGUCGCACACAUACCAAUGGUAGCAGAACUAAACAAAUACAAAUACAAAUACAAACUAAACAAAAACAAAAACACAACAAGUCAAAAACAUAACAAAUGGCAUACAAUACAACUGAAUUAUACAUUUACAUACAUACAUUUAAUUUUUUAAAAAGUCAUUUAUUGAAUAAAAAUUGCAUUCCAGUAACCAUUUUUUUAACCGUAAUUUAAAGUGACUUACUGGUAGUUCUCUUAUUGAUUUUGGUAUUUUAUUAUUUAUUUUAAUAGUCAUUAUAUCACAGUUUUGUUGAUGCAGUGUGGUUCUGCAGAUGGGCAGUUUCAACAUUGUGUGUGUGUGUGUUUUGUAAAUACAUACAUUCUUUGAUUGAUUGUAAUAAUACAACGUUGUAUUAUUCUAGGUGUAUUCUAUGUUUAAUUGUUUGUAUUCUAUUAUUUGUAUUAUUAUAUCGUAUUCAAAUGUUUAUCACAAGUGAGAUCGGUAUAUUAAAUCGCUUGAUCACUAAGGUCGCCAAAUGUUUUGCUUUUUGCU